AUGGCCACUAUAUCAAGGUUCCACAAAAUUGCUUUAAUAAGUUUAGGGGCUGUUGGCGGUGGUCUUGCUUAUUAUCAUAUCGGUAAAAGUGAUAAAAAAUUUGAUGUCCAAAACUCCUGGACGACCAACUAUAAUCCAAGUGUUAAAUGGGAGAAGAAUUGGGACCACCGAGAACCAGAAUCAAUAGUCAAACCGGCCAAAGUUGACAAACCGGAAGACGAAAACAGAUUUAAUGAACAAAUUGAAAAGGCUAAAAGCAAAGCAGUCAGGCAUUUAUUUUUAAUUAGACAUGGCCAGUACAAUGUUAAUGGCGAAACAGAUAAGGAAAGAAUUUUAACAGAAUUAGGUAGACAGCAAGCUGAUUUAACAGGAAAGAGACUAGCAGAACUUAAUAUAAAAUGGGACUUACUUGUACGGUCUACUAUGGCAAGAGCACAGGAAACAGCAAAGAUUAUCGCCAAGCACUUACCUAGUGACAUAGAAGUAAAAGAUUGUCAGUUAUUAGAAGAGGGUGCGCCCAUUCCGCCCGAACCACCUGUGGGGCAUUGGAGACCAGAACCUAAACAGUUCUUCCAGGAUAGUGCCCGGAUUGAGGCAGCGUUUAGACGGUACUUCCACAGGGCAUCCCCGGAACAAACUCAAGAUACUUACACUCUACUUGUGUGCCACGCAAAUGUAAUACGAUUCUUUGUAUGCAAAGCCCUCCAGUUCCCGCCAGAGGGAUGGCUCAGGAUAUCUUUGAACCACGCCUCAAUAACGUGGCUCUCAAUCCUACCAAAUGGCAACGUAGUGUUGCGCUCAUUGAGCGACACUGGUCACAUGGAACCUAAAUACAUCACCAGCCGGUAA